UCAUUUUUCUCUUUCCGGCCGGUGCAAGGGGAAAGAUGGCGUCGCGCAAGGAAGGCUCCGGAGCUGCCGGCAGCGGCUUUGGCGCCUCGAAAGGCAAAGGCAAGGCCGCCGCCACAGGCGACUCAGCCGUCAAGCAAGUGCAGAUCGACGGGCUGGUUGUGCUAAAGAUCAUUAAACAUUACCAAGAAGAAGGACAGGGGAAUGAAGUGGUGCAGGGAGUGCUGCUGGGUCUUGUGGUGGAUGACAGACUUGAAAUCACCAAUUGCUUCCCUUUCCCUCAGCACACAGAGGAUGAUGCAGACUUUGAUGAAGUUCAAUACCAGAUGGAAAUGAUGCGAAGCCUUCGCCAUGUAAACAUUGAUCAUCUUCACGUUGGCUGGUACCAGUCCACGUACUACGGCUCUUUUGUCACCCGUGCCCUCCUGGACUCCCAGUUCAGUUACCAGCAUGCAAUUGAGGAGUCUGUAGUUCUCAUUUACGAUCCCAUUAAGACUGCUCAGGGGUCUUUGUCACUCAAGGCAUACAGGCUGACUCCCAAACUGAUGGAAGUCUGCAAAGAAAAAGACUUCUCUCCAGAAGCCUUGAAAAAAGCCAAUAUUGCUUAUGAAAACAUGUUUGAAGAGGUGCCCAUCGUAAUUAAGAACUCAUACCUUAUCAAUGUGAUGUUGUGGGAACUAGAAAAGAAAUCUGCAGUAGCCGAUAGACAUGAAUUGCUCAGUCUGGCUAGCAGUAAUCACUUAGGGAAGAGUCUGCAGCUGCUGAUGGACAGAGUGGAUGAAAUGAGCCAAGACAUUGUUAAAUACAAUACCUACCUGAGGAAUGUGAGCAAGCAGCAGCAGCAGAAGCACCAGUACCAGCAGAGGCGCCAGCAAGAAAAUAUACAGCGUCAAAGCCGAGGAGAACCUCCUCUUCCCGAGGAGGACAUCAACAAACUCUUUAAACCACCACAGCCACCUCCAAGGAUGGAGUCACUCCUUAUUGCAGGUCAAAUUAAUACCUACUGCCAGAAUAUUAAGGAGUUCAAUGCACAGAACCUGGGCAAGCUUUUCAUGGCUCAGGCUCUCCAAGAUUACAACAAUUGAAGAAACUUUGCCGUAGCCCUCAACAAGAAAAGUUAGUUACAGUUUUAUACUGUACAUGAUCCUCUUGAAAGUUUGUUGUAUUGGGAAGAGAGUCUUGCAAAACACACUCAACUUGGUUUCUGUAGUACUGUGCUUUAAGAAAAAUAAAGGCAAAUUUUAAUGAUGUUCUAGCAUUUCCUUAUUUGUGGGCCCUAUUGGACGGGAAUUUUCUGUGGUCACCGCAGGUUUUCUAAAGGCUUGGCAGUUAUUCAUGUUUAGUCAUAGCAAAUAAUACAGGUUUUAUUUUACUUGGAAUCUGACAUCAAACCAAAUUAUUACAAAUGUUCAGCAUAGCUGACUUCACAGAAGAAACUUUAAAUCUCCCAGUUUGGGUUGAGAGCUUACAACCAUAAUGUGCACGUGGAACAGUUGCUUGGUUUUAUUGUCUUCUCUUUGGCCAGCCUGGACCUCCUAUACCAUAGAUUUUUCAUAGACUGCACAUUCAGAACAUCCACAACUGGUGUUAUGUGGAGACUGAUCCCCACCAUAUCCUGUGUUAUUUUCAGUUGCCACCACCAAGUGGACUGAAAUUCAGUGAUGCUACAGAAGUCUUCAUGACAGAAACCUUCAAAGGUUCA